GUACCGUUUUGGUUGGUUCAAAUAUUCAGUGAGAAAAAAAGGAAAUUGUUACCCGCACGUAUCACCUGAUCCAAGGCGUGCGCGCAGGUUUGCGUAACAUAAAUUCAAUUCCGCUUAUAUUUUUCGCAGCAAUGACUUGUAGCUUUCCUAAAUUUAAAAUAUCUUUAAGUUCUUGAGAAUCUUCAAGAAAAUCAUUAUCUAAGAUGACCCUUGAUCAAAUCAUCAACUUUGAUGCAGCAAUUCUGGCUCUUUCCGAGGUGGACGAUUUUGUCCAGCCUUUCGAAAUCAGCGAUAAUGGUGUUAGACAUUACAGAUUAUUAAAACAACAGCUUGAAAUGUAUUUGUUAAAAGCUAACGAUGAUGAAAUGGGCUGCUUUUUAAACAAUUUUGAGUUUACAAAAGAGUUCUGCUGGUUAAAUGACAAGAAAGUAUUGUUAAGAAUCCUUCUUAGAUUGCAUAAUUUCCAUUUGUUUACUGUACUUGAAUUUGAAACUACAGAAGGUCUACGCAAUUUUGUAUCUCAAUUUAUCGUAUGGUUUGAAAGAUACUUAAAUGAUAUAAAUCAUAUUUAUGAUGAUAAGUUUCUAGUUGCAUAUAUCAAAUUUUCACUUCAUUUAAGCUUACAAUCUCCAAGAAUCAAAGAACUUGAAGCUAAUGAUCUAAGUGAUUCUAGCAAAGCUAGAUUAUCUAUUCACCAUUAUCUUAAGAUCCCAUCACUAUCAGCUUAUCCUUCAGGGUUAUUUUAUCCUUUUUCAAAGCCCCGUAUGCUUGGGGUUUCCAAUAUUAGGAUACUGAAACAACAAAUAUUAAAAGUGUUUUCUUUAGUUCAUUCAUCCUUUCUUAAUUUGACUGGCGGGGGACAAAGAGAUAUUCAGACAAUUGUUGACAAUGAUUUAUUACAACUUCCCCUUCUUAUUUGCCAUUUGAUGUUUUACGCUCUUGGUGAGGAAAGAAGUAUAUUCCGAAAUACUCAUCUUGACUUUUUCUAUUUCAGAUCAUAUGCCAUUGGCCUGCUGAAAAAUACAGAGCUACUUAAGCCAUUGAACUUCAAGGAUCUUGUCUAUAACUAUUAUACUUUCGGACUAACCGAUGAUUUAGCAAAACAUUUUGUUGUAUCAUUUUCGUAUAUAUUAAAGAGAUUACUAAAGGCACCCAAAAGCUGUGCUGUUAUCAGUGACUACCUUUCAACUUUCAUCAUUGACUUCAGCAAUUUCGAACUUGGUCCUUGUAAGGGGCUUGAUUCUUACAAAUCUAUAAGGAAAGCCAAUUGCAACAUUUAUCAAUUGGAUUGGAAUAGCCCAUACUCUUUGAGUACUCAGUUGUUCUGUUUCUUUUAUGAAGUCAGAAGCAAUUACAUUCAAAGGGAACACCCUAUUAGAACCCAUCAAGAUAACUUUGUAGAAAAAUCUUAUUCAGGAAUAAAUAAAGUUCAUGAUCAGAUAAUUCAAGGCCAGUUAUAAUUGCAUACAAGUUCUUGCAGAUUUGCCAUAAAAUGGUCGAAUAUUACAAUACACAGUUCCACUAAACUUAUUUAGAUUGCAAUUGGCGGUCAUGUGCUAGGAUCUCUUUACUACAUCUGCACUACAAUACCCUACACAGGUUAUAGGGGAUUAUUUACCUCUUGUAAUACCUCAUCAUUAUUCUGAUCAUCUUGUUUCUAUAUGUAUCAGGUAAUUUCCCUCCUUUAUUAUUAUUAGCUAUUUUAAAAUACACAAGUAAUUUUUGGAGUACUGCAGUACCUAUAAAUUAGCCAAGUACAACAGUAACAUACAGAGUAAGAAACAGACUUAACGAAAAGACAAGUAAAGAUACCUGGCUAGAGUGACCCAGAGGAUUCAUUCAGGUAUUGGACCAAAUUUGACCUUUAC